GACUUUUGUUUUUUUUGUGGUUUUUGAGACAUUUAUAAAUCGCCAUAUGAAUGUACGAGUGUCCAAUGUCAAAGUGUUUUUAUGUGAUUUAGCGCCGCUCCGGAGGGUUCAGUGAAGGCAGCAAAAGUUGAGAACAGAGUUGUGACAUCUGUGCCUAUGGAGAACAAACAGAGUAAUGUGGACAACAGGUUUACUCCAGACCCAGGAGGAGAGGCAACAACACAUGAUGCUCCAUGUGACCAAACCCCAGCAGAAAUUAUCAGCAGACAACUGACUGAACAAGGCCGCUUUGCUUAUGCUGCACUCUGUGGCGUCUCCCUGGGCCAGUUAUUUACUGGACCUGAAAACAGCACAUUCAGAGAGCAGUACUUGCAAGGCUUGGUCCACUGGCUGGACCUGGAUGAGUCAGUGAUGCCGGUUAUGGGGGCUUUCCUGUCAGGCCUGGGCUGUGAGGGCUCAGACACUUUCCUUACCAUCUUGCAGGCUGAACCCCUUCUGGCUGCAGGGGCCACACCCAUCAUACAGGAUCUGGUGUCUUUUUCUGUCAAAGAUGGGCAGUAUGAUGCCAGAUCACGGGUUCUCAUACGUCAUGUCAGUUGUCUCCUCCGAGUCUCUCCACAGCAGCUGGAGGAGUUUGAGGAAACACUAGGAGAGAAGCUAAGGGAAGCAGGGGAGGAGAGCGAAGAGGAGUCGUCACGGCGUAGGAGGAAAGAAAGAGGACGGAAGUUACGACGCUACCUCCUCAUUGGACUAGCCACUGUGGGAGGAGGAACCGUGAUUGGUGUGACAGGUGGACUGGCGGCCCCUUUAGUGGCAGCGGGGGCUGGUGCAGUGAUUGGGGCCGGUGGGGCCGCUGCUCUGGGCUCAGCUACUGGCAUUGCAAUCAUGGCAUCCCUUUUUGGAGCUGCAGGAGCUGGACUGACAGGCUAUAAGAUGAAUAAAUGUGUUGGAGCCAUAGAGGAAUUUGAAUUCCUGCCUCUGAGCUCUGGGAAACAUCUCCACCUCACCAUCGCAGUCACAGGUUGGCUCUGCAGUGGCAAAUACAGUUCGUUCCAGGCUCCAUGGUGCAGCCUGGGGGAGUGUGGGGAGCAGUACUGUCUGGUGUGGGAGUCCCGUUUCCUCAGGGAUCUGGGCUCGGCCAUGGCCUCUCUGUUGGAUGGGCUAGUCAGCAUGGUAGCACAGGAGGCACUGAAGUACACAGUACUCUCAGGUAUUGUGACGGCUCUGACGUGGCCUGCAUCUCUGCUGGCGGCGGCCAGUGUUAUCGACAACCCCUGGUGUGUAUGUCUGAGUCGCUCUGCUGAGGUGGGAAAACACCUGGCCCAGGUUCUGAGAAGCAGACAGCAGGGGAAGCGUCCUGUCAGUCUCAUUGGUUUCAGUCUUGGGGCCAGAGUCAUCUACUUCUGUCUGCAGGAGCUCGCUAAUGAUCAAGGCAGUGAAGGAAUGGUGGAGGAUGUGGUCCUCCUGGGGGCACCUGUGGAUGGCUCUGAGAAGGCCUGGGAGAGAAUGACAAGGGUAGUGGCUGGAAAAAUAGUCAAUGGAUACUGCAGAGGGGACUGGCUCCUGGGGUUCUUGUACCGAAGCUCAGCAGCACAGCUCUCUGUUGCCGGACUUCAGCCAAUCAAUGUCCAGGAUCGCCGCGUUAUCAAUGUGGAUCUUUCCUCUGUGGUCAAAGGUCACUUGGACUACAUGCGUCAAAUGGACACUAUAUUGGUGGCAGUGGGAGUCCCCACCAAAGAAGUCCCAGGAGCCUCCUUUGCUCUUCCACAGUGUGCCACAGUUGAAAAGGGAACAAUGGACAUCCCUGACCAGGCUCUAAAUGAGCAACAAACAACAGAGGCACAAAACCCAAUUGAGGACGAUGGGACACCACAAAACAAUGACAGAGAUGUGAGAGAGUCAGUGGAGACAGACGAGACAGGUGACGGCUGGGAUAUCCCUGAUAUUUCUGAUCUACUGGACUCUCUAAACGACACUGAGUCGGAGGGCAAAAACAGUGCCACGAACAGUUUGCAACUUUCUUCACAGGAGGACGCUGCUAACAGCUACAUGGCGUCUGCUUUUAAUGCCCAGUGUGACGGCGUGGAGGAGACUGACCCUGACAGCGAACACAUAUCGUGGAGUUGGGAUGAUACACACUGGACUACAGAGCACACACACAAACAAAAAGGGACAAACUUGUAAAAAGCACGUUACAGGACCAGCUGCUUCCCUGUAAACUGUAAUUUUCUCAGUUGUUUUCAGCUUUUGUAGGAGAAAAUACUCAUUCCAUUCUUAACACACUGAUAUGCCAGGGAUGGCCCAAGAGUCAAUGCACACAUAUGGCAGCUUCCAGUCAAAAGCGCUUACAUGAACUGUUUGUUUAACCACUUCAUGGCCUUUUUAGAUUAAUGUGUUACUUAAAUCAUAACAAUGUAGUUUUAUUUUUUAAUAAGUUGGUUGUUUUUGUAAAUUGUCAAUAGUAUCUUAAUUUAUUUUCUAUCCUUAUAGUUCUAAUAACUGUUUGUAUUGCAUUUGUUUUGCAGGUUGUAAAGGAUGUAACAAAUCAUGUGGUAUCUCAGUGCUUGUCACUGUUCUAAUUUUGUCCAGUUACCUAGUUGGCCCAGUUACCAUGGAUAUUAUCACAGUAAUUUAAACAACAUAAGGCCUGGGAAAAUUCAGAGAAUGUAGCAGUAUUUUUCAAGACCUCUGUCUCUUUUCUACCCAUACUGAUGGGGAACACUGUUUCCUAUAAUGUGUGCUGUAUGUCAUCUGGAAUUACUGAAUUUGCCUGUGAAUAUGUUUCCAUCUUCAUCUCAUGUGACCAUAAAGAUACCAUUUUGAAUGUGA